AUGAAAUCUGUAUUAGUAAUUUUAGUUUGUAUAUUAGUAGCAUCUGCUUUUGCUACCCCAACCACCAUCGUUACUGAUGUAACCAAGCCAUCAAUGUGCCCACGUAUCAAGUCUGAAAUUUUCUGUGCAAUGGCUGGUCAAGUUUGUAUUUGGGAACAUGGAAAGUGCAUUUCCAAUCCAUUUACUGAAGAACAAGUUCAAGUUGAACCAAUCGUCCCACAAGAGCCCGUCCUUGAUUUUUCUGAAGAGGAGAAUCUUGGUAACAAUGACUGGGCAUGUAACACCUUGAAUACACAAUUAAAAUGUGAUACCCUUGGUGUACUUGGUGGCCAUUGUUUCUGGUGGAAUGGAAAAUGCAGAACCCUCUAA